AUGACACCGAUGACGAAGACAGUAUCAAUCAUCAAUUAUCGAAGCAAUUUUGGAUUUGGAAAGAAGAAAAUAACAAGCCAAAAAUCUAGGAGUAUAUGCAUAAGAGUAGCAAUUUUAGAUCAGUUAGGCAGAAGUAGAAGAAAGUUAGACUUUUUUAAUAUGUUUGACACUAUGUUUUGGGAUAAUAUUGUCACGGAAACGAAUCAGUAG